AUGGGGCGGUACUCGGGGAAGACGUGCCGCCUCAUCUUCAUGCUGGUGCUCACUGUCGGCUUCUUCGUGGCCGAGCUGGUGUCGGGCUACCUGGGCAACUCCAUCGCGCUGGUGUCCGACUCCUUCAACAUGCUCUCGGACCUCAUCUCCCUCUGCGUGGGCCUCUCCACGGGGCGCAUCGCCCGCCGCAGCCGCCGGGGCCCCCGCGCCACCUACGGCUACAGCCGCGCCGAGGCGGUGGGGGCCCUCAGCAACGCCGUCUUCCUCACCGCCCUCUGCUUCACCAUCUUCAUGGAGGCCAUCCUCCGCCUCGCCCGGCCCGAGCCCAUCGAUGAUGCCCAGCUGGUGCUCAUUGUUGGCACCCUCGGCCUUGCCGUCAACCUCGUGGGGCUCCUCGUCUUCCAGGACUGGGGCGCCUGCUGCCGCUGCCGCCGCCCGCCUGCUGCCGCCACGCCGCGGGCCGUGCCCGGUGGUACCCCGACGGGGGAGGCGAAUGAAGCAGGUGAUUCACCAAAUGACCAAAAAAGCCCUGAAGAGGGCUCUGAGAAGAAAAAAGAGAAAAAGUCUGAAGCCUUGAACAUCAGAGGUGUUCUUUUGCAUGUUAUGGGAGAUGCACUUGGAUCUGUGGUUGUGGUAGUUGCUGCUACAAUCUUCCAUGUACUUCCUCUGGGGAAUGCUCCAUGUAAUUGGCAGUGCUACAUCGAUCCAAGCCUGACAAUAAUUAUGGUGUUCAUCAUCUUGUCUUCUGCGUUCCCACUUAUCAAGGAGACCUCAAUUAUUUUGUUGCAGAUGGUUCCCAAAGGUGUUAAUAUGCAACUACUGACUGACAGACUAGCUCGUGUACCGGGGGUUAGCAGCCUUCAUGAGGUGCAUGUUUGGGAGCUUGCAGGUGGGAAGAAUAUUGCUACUCUCCAUAUCAAGUGCCAAACCCCUACUGAUUACCAAGAUGCUGCUUAUAAAAUACGGAAGGUUUUCCACGAAGCAGGGAUCCAUUCUGUGACCAUCCAGCCCGAGUACAUUGACCACAAGACCUCCCAGCUACUGUGCAGCUCACCCUGCAUCUCAAAAGCUUGUGACUCUCAGCUGUGCUGCAGUCAGCGGGAGCCCCCCCUGGCUAAAACUAAUGGCUAUACUGAGAAAAACGAUAGUUCCCUUUCUGCACUGCAUAAAGACAAUGGUUCAAGUAAAAAUGAUAUUGAAAUCCCUAUUGAGUACCCACUGGCAGAGGAUAGCAUUAAAAACGUGAAAAAUUGUGACGUGUCUGAUGACAAAUCACAGUUGAGCAGUACACGCCUUUAGGCAAUUCUCUCUACUCUCUGUAAUGUUUUCAUAGAGCAAACGUAUCCUGGCUGGGAAGGGGGUCGUCGGUGGUUGUAGCUGAAGUUGGUGUGGCAAAAAGAUUUCUGUGCUUUAGCUGUAAA